GAAAUAUUUCAUAUUUGUAUACAAAAUUACACAAAUUUUUUUGAUAAACCAAAUGUUUUUAAGUUUUACAGUAUAUAAAAAUUAAUUGAAAUUUAUUAAGUAAUUAAAAAAAAAAUUAAUUGAAAAGAAAAAAAAAAGUCAAGAAAAUUAAACAACAUAAAAGUUAUUAGAAUUUCAUAUUAUAAGAAAAAAAUUUAAAUAUUAUUUAAAGUGAUUUUAAAAAAAAAAAAAAAAUAAAUAAAAAAAACAUCGAAAAAUUAAAUUAAAAAUUUUAAAUUAAAAAAAAAAUACUUAAUUACAACAAUAUAUUUAUAUAAAAUAAAAUAAUUCAUAAUGGCAGACGGUUUCAAUGAUCCUAAUGAUCCUGAUUUAAAAUAUUUAUCUGUUGAAAGAAAUCCAUUCAAUGAUCCAACAACACAAGCUGAAUGGACUCAAAAACGUCUUGUUUGGGUGCCGCAUGAUAAUCAGGGCUUUGUUGCUGCCAGUAUUAAACGUGAACUUGGUGAUGAAGUUGAAGUUGAACUUGCUGAAACAGGCAAACGUAUUAAAUUACUUCGUGAUGAUAUACAAAAAAUGAAUCCACCAAAAUUCGACAAAGUCGAAGAUAUGGCGGAAUUAACGUGCUUAAAUGAAGCAUCAGUUUUGCACAAUAUUAAAGACAGAUAUUAUUCUGGUCUAAUAUAUACAUAUUCCGGUCUUUUCUGUGUAGUAGUUAAUCCGUAUAAAAAACUUCCAAUUUAUACGGAAAAAAUUAUGGAAAGAUAUAAGGGUAUAAAACGACACGAAGUGCCUCCACAUGUUUUUGCUAUUACAGAUACUGCAUAUAGAUCUAUGUUACAAGAUCGUGAAGAUCAAUCAAUUUUAUGUACAGGUGAAUCAGGUGCUGGUAAAACCGAAAAUACAAAAAAAGUUAUUCAGUAUUUAGCUUAUGUAGCUGCUUCAAAACCUAAAGGAUCUGGAGCGGGUCCCCAUCCAGCUUUAAUUAUUGGUGAACUUGAGCAACAAUUGUUGCAAGCCAAUCCAAUUUUAGAAGCAUUUGGUAAUGCAAAAACUGUUAAAAAUGACAAUUCAUCACGUUUUGGUAAAUUUAUUCGUAUUAAUUUUGAUGCAUCUGGUUAUAUAUCCGGUGCCAAUAUUGAAACAUAUCUAUUAGAAAAAUCACGUGCCAUUCGUCAGGCCAAAGAUGAAAGAACAUUCCAUAUAUUUUAUCAGUUAUUAGCUGGUGCAUCACCUGAACAAAAAGAAAAAUUCAUAUUAGAUGAUAUAAAAACAUAUAACUUUUUAUCAAAUGGUUCAGUUCCAGUACCUGGUGUUGAUGAUUAUGCUGAAUUUCAAUCAACUGUUAAAUCAAUGAAUAUUAUGGGAAUGACAAAUGAUGAUUUUAAUUCAAUAUUUCGUAUUGUUAGUGCUGUAUUAUUAUUUGGGUGCAUGAAAUUCCGUCAGGAACGUAAUAGUGAUCAAGCUACAUUACCAGAUAAUACAGUAGCUCAAAAAAUUGCCCAUUUAUUAGGUUUAAAUGUAACUGAUAUGACAAAAGCAUUUUUAACUCCACGUAUUAAAGUUGGUAGAGAUUUUGUUACAAAAGCACAAACAAAAGAGCAAGUUGAAUUUGCUGUUGAAGCAAUAGCGAAAGCAUGUUAUGAAAGAAUGUUUAAAUGGCUUGUAAAUAGAAUAAAUCGUUCAUUAGAUAGAACAAAAAGACAAGGUGCCUCAUUUAUUGGUAUAUUAGAUAUGGCUGGUUUCGAAAUAUUUGAAUUAAAUUCAUUUGAACAAUUAUGUAUCAAUUAUACAAAUGAAAAGCUUCAACAACUGUUUAAUCACACCAUGUUUAUCUUGGAACAAGAAGAAUAUCAACGUGAAGGUAUUGAAUGGAAAUUUAUUGAUUUUGGUUUAGAUUUACAACCGACAAUCGAUUUAAUCGAUAAACCUGGUGGAAUUAUGGCUUUAUUGGAUGAAGAAUGUUGGUUCCCUAAAGCAACUGAUAAAACAUUUGUUGAUAAAUUGGUAUCAGCUCAUUCAAUGCAUCCAAAAUUCAUGAAAACCGAUUUUCGUGGCGUUGCAGAUUUUGCUAUCGUACAUUACGCUGGCAAGGUUGAUUAUUCAGCUGAGAAGUGGUUAAUGAAGAACAUGGAUCCAUUGAAUGAAAAUGUUGUAUCAUUAUUACAAGCAUCACAAGAUCCAUUUGUUGUUAAUAUAUGGAAAGAUGCUGAAAUUGUUGGUAUGGCGCAACAAGCUUUGACUGAUACUCAAUUUGGUGCCAGAACACGUAAAGGUAUGUUCCGAACAGUAUCACACCUUUAUAAAGAACAAUUAGCAAAAUUAAUGGAUACAUUACGAAAUACAAAUCCUAAUUUUGUGAGAUGUAUAAUUCCAAAUCAUGAAAAGCGUGCUGGUAAAAUUGAUGCUCCUCUAGUUCUUGAUCAAUUACGUUGUAAUGGUGUUCUCGAAGGAAUACGAAUUUGCCGCCAAGGCUUCCCAAAUCGCAUUCCUUUCCAGGAAUUCCGACAACGUUACGAGCUUCUUACUCCAAACGUCAUACCAAAAGGAUUUAUGGACGGUAAAAAAGCUUGCGAAAAAAUGAUUCAAGCAUUAGAAUUAGAUCAAAAUUUGUUCCGAGUUGGUCAAUCAAAAAUAUUUUUCCGUGCUGGUGUUCUAGCCCAUUUAGAAGAAGAGCGUGAUUAUAAAAUAACUGAUUUGAUUGUAAAUUUCCAAGCAUUCUGCAGAGGAUUUCUAGCCAGGAGAAACUAUCAAAAACGAUUACAACAAUUAAAUGCCAUUAAAAUCAUUCAAAGAAAUUGUGCUGCUUAUCUAAAAUUGAGAAAUUGGCAAUGGUGGCGUUUGUACACAAAAGUGAAACCGCUCUUAGAAGUUACAAAACAAGAAGAAAAAUUAGUUCAAAAGGAAGAUGAACUUAAGCAAGUUCGCGAAAAAUUAGAAGUACUUUCUAAAAACACACAAGAAUAUGAAAAGAAAUAUCAGCAAGCCUUGGAAGAAAAAACUGCUUUAGCAGAGCAAUUACAAGCAGAAAUCGAAUUAUGUGCAGAAGCUGAAGAAAGUAGAUCUCGCCUCAUGGCUCGUAAACAAGAAUUAGAAGACAUGAUGCAAGAAUUAGAAGCUCGUAUUGAAGAAGAAGAAGAACGUAGCUUAACUUUAGCUAAUGACAAAAAGAAAUUGGAAUUAAAUAUUCAAGAUCUAGAGGAGCAGCUUGAAGAAGAAGAAGCCGCACGUCAAAAACUUCAAUUAGAGAAGGUUCAACUUGAUGCAAAAAUUAAGAAGUUUGAAGAAGAUUAUGCCGUUACUAAUGAUCAUAAUCAAAAACUGCUUAAAGAAAAAAAGGUUUUAGAAGAACGGGCCAAUGACUUAUCCCAAACUUUAGCUGAAGAAGAAGAAAAAGCUAAACAUUUAUUAAAACUGAAAGCAAAACAUGAAGCGACCAUAUCCGAAUUAGAAGAACGUUUACAUAAAGAUCAACAACAACGCCAAGAAUCUGACAGAACGAAAAGAAAAAUUGAAACUGAAGUUGCUGAUCUUAAGGAACAACUCAACGAACGUCGAGUUCAGGUUGAAGAACUUCAAACUCAAUUAGCCAAACGCGAAGAAGAGUUAACGCAAUCAUUAAUGAGGGUUGAUGAAGAAUCUGCAGCUAAAGCGGCGGCACAAAAAAUACAGCGUGAGGUUGAAUCACAACUAGUCGAAUUACAAGAAGAUUUGGAAGCAGAAAAAGCAGCACGUGCUAAAGCUGAAAAAAUACGUCGUGAUUUAGGUGAAGAAUUGGAAGCUCUUAAAAAUGAACUAUUGGAUUCUUUAGAUACCACUGCUGCUCAACAAGAACUACGUUCUAAACGAGAGCAGGAAUUAGCUACACUCAAGAAAAGUCUUGAAGAAGAAACUCAAAAUCAUGAAGGAUUUUUGUCAGAAAUGAGACAUAAGCAUGCUCAAGAAAUCAAUGUUAUCACAGAUCAAUUAGAAAAUCUUAAAAAAAAUAAGGGCAUUUUAGAGAAAACGAAGCAGACCUUAGAAGCAGAGAAUGCUGACUUAGCAACAGAAUUAAGGAAUGUAAAUAGCUCUAGGCAAGAAAAUGAUCGCCGAAGAAAACAAGCAGAAUCGCAAAUCGCAGAGCUGCAGGUAAAAUUAGCCGAAAUUGAACGUGCCAGAUCGGAGUUGCAAGAAAAAUGUGCAAAACUCCAACAGGAAUGUGAAAAUAUUACACAACAACUAGAAGAAGCCGAUUUGAAAGCUUCAGCGGCCGUAAAAUCGGUCAAUACUAUUGAAAGCCAAUUAACAGAAACUCAGCAAUUGUUAGAAGAAGAAACACGACAAAAAUUAUCUUUAUCUUCAAAAAUAAGGCAAUUAGAAUCUGAAAAAGAGGCAUUACAAGAACAAUUAGAAGAAGACGAAGAAGCUAAGAAGAACUUUGAAAGAAAGCUUUCUGAACUUAAUGUUACAAUGCAAGAAUAUAAAAAGAAAGCUGAAGAAGAUUCUGAUGUUGUUAAAGAGUUAGAAGAAAAUAAGAAGCGUCUUAAUAAAGAAAUUGAAGCUUUAGAACGUCAAGUCAAAGAACUUAUUGCACAGAAUGAUCGUUUAGAUAAAAGCAAAAAGAAAAUCCAAUCUGAAUUGGAAGAUGCUACAAUUGAAUUGGAAGCUCAGCGUACUAAGGUUUUGGAACUAGAAAAGAAACAAAAGAACUUUGACAAAAUUUUAGCAGAGGAAAAAGCAAUCAGUGAGCAAAUUGCUCAAGAACGUGACACUGCUGAGCGGGAAGCACGUGAAAAAGAAACAAAAGUAUUAUCACUAACUAGAGAAUUAGAUGAAGCGUAUGAAAAAAUUGAAGAUUUGGAAACAAAACGUAAAGGUUUACAAAACGAACUUGACGAUUUGGCCAAUACCCAAGGUACUGCAGAUAAGAAUGUACAUGAAUUAGAAAAAGCUAAACGUGCUCUUGAAAGUCAACUUGCUGAAUUAAAAGCCCAGAACGAAGAACUUGAAGAUGACUUACAAUUAACGGAGGAUGCUAAAUUACGCUUGGAAGUUAAUAUGCAAGCACUUCGAUCACAAUUCGAACGCGAUAUUCAAGCAAAAGAAGAACAGGCCGAAGAAAAACGUCGCGGUUUAGUUAAACAAUUACGCGACUUGGAAGCCGAAUUAGAUGAAGAAAGAAAACAACGUGCUACUGCAGUUGCUAUGAAGAAAAAAUUAGAAGGUGACUUAAAAGAAAUGGAAACUACAAUGGAAAUGCAUAAUAAAGUAAAGGAAGAUGCUCUCAAACAUGCGAAGAAAUUGCAAGGUCAAGUUAAAGAUGCUUUACGUGAUGCUGAAGAAGCAAAAGCAGCAAAAGAAGAAUUGGCUGCUAAUAGCAAAGAAGCUGAACGUAAAGUUAAAGCAUUAGAAGCCGAAGUAAUGCAAUUAACUGAAGAUUUAGCUAGCUCUGAACGUGCUAGAAGAACAGCUGAAACAGAGCGUGAAGAAUUAUUGGAAGAAAUUAAUGCGAACACAAAUAAGGGUUCGUUAAUGAUCGAUGAAAAACGUCGUUUAGAAGCAAGAAUAACAACAUUAGAAGAAGAGUUAGAGGAAGAACAAUCAAAUUCAGAAGUGCUAUUAGAUCGUAGUCGAAAAGCUCAAUUACAAAUUGAACAAUUAUCAACCGAAUUAGCAACCGAAAAAUCAAAUUCACAAAAGAACGAGAAUACUAGAGCACUGUUGGAACGUCAAAAUAAAGAGCUAAAAGCUAAAUUAGCUGAAAUUGAAACAGCUCAACGUACUAAAGUGAAAGCAACAAUAGCCGGUUUGGAAUCAAAAAUAUCAAAUUUAGAAGAGCAAUUGGAGAGUGAAACAAAAGAACGUCUUAUUCAACAGAAAUCCAAUCGAAAAUUGGAUAAAAAGAUAAAGGAAUUAACAAUGAAUAUUGAAGAUGAAAGAAGACAUGCAGAUCAAUAUAAAGAGCAAAUUGAAAAACUUAAUGGUCGAAAUAAAAUGCUUAAACGGAAUUUAGAUGAGGCAGAAGAAGAAAUUCAAAAAGAAAAAACACAAAAACGAAAAGCACAGCGCGAAUAUGAAGAUAUGUUGGAAAGUCAUGAAGCACUUACAAGAGAAGUUACUUCACUAAAAACAAAAUUAAGACGUACAACUGGCGGUAUUGGCUUGAGUUCGUCACGUAUUUCAUCUAAACGUGCCGGUGGGGUUACUGGUGGGGGUAGUGGAGGAGGUGGUGAUGAUAGCUCAUCAGUACAGGAUGAAUCAAUUGAUGGUGAAGAUUCAGGCAAUUGACAUAACAACAUCAAUGGUCAUUGUAACCAACAUUAUUAAUAAUAUAUACAUAUAUAAAAUAAUAAUUAUUCCUAAUAAUUACAAAAUUAAAACAAAUAAAAGAAAAAAAAAAAAACAAAGUAAAAAAAUUAAAAAAAAAUUGUAUAAGAAAAAUAUUUUACAUAAAUAUUCAACAAAAAAUAUAAAAAAAAAAAUAAAUUACAAAAAAACAAAAAAAAAAUUUUUUAUUCAUUAUAAGAAAAAGUUAUUUAAAAUAAAAAAACAAGUUGAUUAUAUUAUUAAAUCAAUAAAAUUAAAAAAAAAAUCAUUUUUAUAAUAUUAUUAAUACAAAAGAAAUACAAUUAAAACAUUUAUAAAUAUAUACAUUUAUAUUUAUUAUAUGUAUGAAAAUUAAA